AUGCACGAAGACGCUCCAAAAAUGAGUGUAGCGCACAGUAUAGUUGCCUCCACGAGUCAAGCAAAAAGUGAGAUCGACCUAGAAGUCCCCAUGGAAUAUGUUAAUUCUACUGAAUCAAAACCUUCACAAAGUAUCGAAAUGGAGCUGAAAAUUGCUUAUGUGGAUACAAAUAGUGUACCCACUGAUGAUGCUUCCAAUAUGACAGUGUUAUUUUCAGUGUCUGUAUUCGAAUUGGAGUCUGCUAAGAUUAAUUGGGGACAUGAGGUCUGA